AUGCAUUGUCCUCGCCCACUUUCGCUCACCCAGGAGUAUUCUCCUCCUUCGGCUCUAUCCCUAAAAGCCACUCCAGAUUCCAUAGCAAUCCCACUAGACAACGAUUCUCUACAGCAAGAAGCCGUCAAGGAGAUUCUGGAGCAGGGACUUGCUCUCUUCAACGCCCAGCACAUGAUGCGUGCCCCUUUCCUAAACAAAGGACUGUCCCACACGAAUGAAGAACGCACGAGCAAGAACCUCACCGGCCUCCUCCCACAUGUCACAGAGAGCCUGAAGACACAAGCAUCCCGAUCAAUGGCCAUGAUCGACUCGAGACAGACAGAUAUCGACAAAUACUUGUAUCUUUCAAGUAUUAAGAGCUAUAAUGUCGACCUAUUCUACCGUCUCCUUAUGGACAAUGUCCGACAAUUGAUGCCCCUCGUUUAUACCCCAACCAUCGGCGAUGUUUGCUUGCAAUACUCUGCCUUGUACACGAGACCGGAGGCUCUCCAUAUUUCUAUCAACCACAGAGGAUCCGUCAAGGAGAUAUUACAAAAUUGGCCCCACGAGAGCCCCGAAAUCUGUGUUGUGACUGAUGGCUCACGCAUCCUUGGGCUUGGUGACCUAGGCUUUAACGGAGUGGGGAUUGCUGUUGGAAAGCUGGCUCUAUACACCGCCGCAGCCGGCAUCAACCCGCAAAAGACCCUUCCCGUCAUCCUGGAUACCGGAACUAGCAACGAGAAUAAUUUGAAUGACCCGCACUACCUUGGCCUACGACAGCAAAGAGUGUCACCAAGUGAGCAGCAAGCGUUGGCAGACGAGUUCAUGCAAGCAGCACAUGAGACAUGGCCUGAUAUGGUCAUCCAAUUCGAAGACUUUGAGAACACCAAAGCGUUCGGCUACUUGGAUCGGUACCGCGAUCAAUAUACUUGUUUCAACGACGACAUCCAGGGUACUGGAUCCGUGGUACUUGGAGGAUACAUUGGCGCAGUCGAUCGAUCCGGAGUCCCCCUCGAAGAGCAAAGACUGGUCUUUAUGGGAGCAGGCUCCGCGGGUGUGGGUGUAGCCAAGCAGUUGGUGGAAUACUACGUUCGACGCGGCUUGAGUGAGGACGAGGCUCGCAACAAGUUCUGGCUUGUUGACACCAAGGGGCUCGUCACAGCGGACCGACCUGACAAACUGGCCGAGCACAAGAAAUAUUUCGCUCGCACGGAUAAUGCUGGCCAGCAAUUCAAGACUCUGGAGGAGGUGAUCAAGUACGUCAAGCCAAGUGCCCUGGUUGGACUCGCAGCAACCUAUGGCAUCUUCGAUGAACGUGUGGUAAGGGCUCUCACUGCUUCAGUCAAGGAGUCUGGCCAGGACCGAAGGCCUAUUCUCUUCCCUCUCAGUAACCCUCUGACAAAGGCCGAGUGUACCUUUGAGGAGGCUGUCAAGUGGACUGACGGGUCUGUCAUUUUCGCUUCUGGCUCUCCGUUUGAUGAAGAACAGGUCGACUUUGGUGAUGGCAAAGGGGCUGUGACUUAUUAUCCCAACCAGGGUAACAACGUCUACGUGUUCCCAGGCCUGGGCCUCGGCACGAUUCUGUCCAAGGCCUCGCGUGUCACGGAUGACAUGGUUUAUACCGCUGCUGUUGCGCUGGCGGAUUCUGUGAAUAAAGAGGAGAGGGAAAUUGGUCUCAUCUAUCCACGCAUUGAUCGCGUGAGAGAGACAAGCAUCGUUAUUGCCCGGGAAGUAAUGAAGUCGGCUCGCCGAGGCGGUGUUUCCAAGUUAGAGGACUCGCAAUGGAACCUAUGGGACCAACAGGGUGAUGCGGUGCUGGAUGCGUAUAUCAAGGACAGAGUGUAUGAUCCUCUGUGCUCUCUUUGUUAA